AUGAACGCAUUUCAUAAAUCGGCGCCAGGACUCACUCUCGCCCAACUGACGAGAGUCACAGCCGCAAGACUGCCGUCUCAUCCUGUCCCGAAACCUCGCCCUAGUCCUCUCUUGCGCCGCCAUUCCCACCUCUCGGCCGUAGGAGAUGCCGUCAUCUUCACCGCAAACAGCAUCUCGUCCAUCCACAGCGCCGGCGUCCCGUGGUACUUGUCCAUCCCGCUCGUCGCUCUCGGAGUAAACUUUUCCCUCCGCCUGCCCAUUCAGUACUACACGCGGCGGCUGGUAAUCAAAAGAGGCGCACUGAACCCGCUCGUGUCAGCAUGGGGCUCACGUCACGCCGCCUCCCUUCCAAGGGGACAGGGUGAGCAGGCAGAGCGUCUGUGGAAACUGCGCGUCGCGGGGCUCACAGAGAAGUCCCGCAAGAGGAUAUACAAGACGUUCCGGGUGCAGCGGUGGAAGACUCUGGCGCCGUUCCUGAGCAUGGUGCCCUUUGUCGUCGUCUCGGAGGCGCUGAGACGCCUUUCCGGCGCCCCCAUGGGGUGGAUAAGUCAUUCGGUUGGAUUGGCGAGCACGGACAAGGUGUCUGCCGCCUUGUCGGAUGCGAGUGGCUUGUUCAACGAGGAGCUCGCGCGUGGCGGGUGCUUGUGGUUUGUGGAUUUGACGGCCAUGGACCCUUACUAUGCCCUGCCCAUGCUGUGUUCGGCCUUGUUGGCGCGAACUUCUUGGGCGAGGUUAUCCAAGGAUCAGCUGGCCGCCUUGUUGAGCCUUGACGGGUCCCCGGCGCCAAGGACGCCCGUGGCGAGGAUUCAGACAGGUGUCGGCCGGGCAUUGCUCUUGGUUCCGCUGUUCCCCAUGCUGUUUGCCGAUCUUCCAAGCGCCAUCUUCUUAUACUGGGCGACUACGUUUGCGCUCAACGACGUGAACGAGUCCAUCUUGGAGAGGGCCAUUCCCAGGCAGGCUCCCAGACUCAAAAUGGUCCAGAGAAUACCCCCUGCACUGCCGUAUUUACGGCCAAGUCACGCAGAUGAGGGCAAAGGCGCAAGGUCGGUGCACUAG